AGGCGUUUCCAUAUCCUCUGCGCUUGCGCAAAGCUUCUUCUUGCCAUAAACCCUACCAUCUUGUGGCUCCACUGACUGUCCCUCACUCCUGCUCUUGCUGUCUUAUAAUCUCAGAAAAAGCGAGAGAGAGUCAACCAAGAUGGGUAACCUACUGAGAGUGCUCAAUGACAAAGGACCAGUCCCUAAAGUGGACUUUUAUGUGGAUUUUGAAAGUGCUGAGCCUACAGAUGCUGAGAAAGAGGUAUAUAGUAAAGUUAGUGAGAUACUAACAGAUGCUCCGAGAAUACUGGAAGAGUUACGAUCUUAUAAAGGAGCGGGGGAAUCAAUUAGAGAGGCUAUAUCUAAUCCCCAAAGCUCAGAGCAUCAGGAAAAGGCAUGGCAGAUGGUCUGUCCUCUAGUCCAACAAUUAAAGUCGUUUUAUGAGUAUGCACUGAGCCUUGAGAAGGCUGUCUGUGAUAUACUUGUUAUCCUCUGUCUCCCGACAAUGGCCGCCAUUGAGCAUUUGGAAAAGCAACAAGCUAUUACUAAACAAUUGGCACAUAUACUGGACUUCACCCUUGCUUUUGAUGACCUUAAGAUGGGUAACCCACAGAUACAAAAUGAUUUCAGCUAUUAUAGGCGAACAUUGAACAGACGCAAGAUGGAGGAUCUUACGUCUGGUGUGGCAUCAUCAAGUGAUCAGGCCUUUGACUUACCUGAUGACAUGGCUAAUCGUAUGUCACUUUUUUAUGCUAACCCAACUCCUAUCCUUCACGGACUGGCUGGAGCUACUUCACAACUACUCAAAGAAAAUUCGGAAAUCACUCUUGACUUAAUGACUGACUGUCUGUGUACAACUGCCUCAGUCUGUAGAGUCAUUAAUGAAAAUGCCGAAUACAAAACUAGGUUUCAAAGUGAAGAGACUGUUAUAUUCACUCUAAGGGUGAUGGUUGGUGCCAUUAUACUCUAUGAUCACCUUCAUCCUGUUGGUGCCUUUGCAAAGAGAGCACCCAUUGAUAUGAAGGCUUCUAUCAAGAUAAUAAAGGAACACCCGUCCUGUGCUGAUGGACUAAUAAAUGCAUUAAAAUAUAAUACGAAACAUUUUAAUGACGAAGCUACCCCAAGAGCAACGAAAACUCUACUAUCAACUUAACUCUCAUCUCUUGUCUCUUCCUCUACUCUUCCUCCCUGAGCUGCGGGAGCUGUUCUCUUUUUAGUUCCAAUAAACUAGUUGUUUUGAUGUGACUCUCCACUCGCACACACACGUUGUCAUUUAUUUUUUGCUACAACACUUUUAUAAUAAUAAUUAUUAUUAUUAUGCUUGUGAACUUCGCAAGAUGGAUUGAUGAUUUUUGUACAUUAGAAUACACUUUAUGAAGGUUUUUAGAUACACUGU